AUGACACUGUUUGAGAAGCACAUCAUCUCUGUCCCAUACAAGAAAGAGGAACUCAAAUUUGACAAACAUAAUGAUUCUAGCAAAGAUGGAAAGCUCAGCUACACAAAUUUCAAAUAUGUUGUCUGGAACGCAGCAUUCAUCAAGUUGUUGGAGUCCAUCAUCCUGUACUCCAAAACAGGCUUUGCACAUAGAUGCUUUGAUGCUGUCACACGGUGGUUAUACCUACUAAUUCUACUUCUAUCAGCAGAUUAUGAAGAACACGUAGCAUAUCCUACUCAAACCAUUGUGGAUAAUGCACUCUGGGAAGUUGAGAACUCUAAUCCUCAUGAGACACUUUUGUUUGAUCCCUUACAUGUCAAUGAUCUUGGUAACUGGGGCACCCACUUGUUCGAGGAGCUCAAGAUACAUGGGAAGGCUCUUGGUCGUGAAGCUGAGGCAAAGAUUGAUGAACAGUUCACCGCAUUCCCACGAUGGCAUAAUCUGAACCAUUUCAAGUCUGUCAUGAAGAUAUUAUUUAGUGAUGGCAACAAACUUAGGGAUAUCACUAAGCAAAUGCUGUAUGCAGCACAAAACAUAUUGAUGCACAAUGAAGAUACCAUUGGCUAUGUGCCGUUGCAGUCACUCAAUGUGCACACCAAAACCACACUUGCUGCUGGAGAAGUGGAGCUCCUGGUGUUUGAAAUGUGCCUACAUGCAUAUAUUGACAUCCAGGUACAUGCUCUGAAACAUGCUUUCCCUGACAUUCGUACAAAAGAAGCAGCACACAACUUCAGUACUCGACCAAAUGAGAAGCAACACGGUGAAGAACAAUCAACUCAGCUCCAGUGUGAUGAGUCUGCUAUGCUUGCAGGCACAAGCACGUUCAAUUCAAGGGGAAGCAAGGAAAACAAAUCCACAGUUGUGCAGCAGCUCUGCAAGCUAGGGAAAGGUCAGGAAAUGAUGCUGCAAGUUGGUGCUGCGAACCCAGGUGAUAUUGCCAAUCAGGUCCUCAAGCUUGAUCAUAUCAGUGUAGUUUCUGAAUUGAUCCGCAGUUGUAUUUCCAAACUUGAUGAAGAUCGGCACAAAUACACAAUGUUACAGGGAGAACUCAAAGACAAUGAUAUGCUAGAUGAUCAGCUGUUUUCAGGCCAUCUCCAUAUCAGCACUCCUCAAAUUCCUGUCACUCUCACUGCAGUGGAGGAAGGCAAUGCAUCAAACCAUGCAUUUCAGGAUUUCCGAAAGAAGUUCACAAAGUUCCUCAAUAAUUUUGUCAUUUCAAACAACAUUCCUUUGGCCAAUGAUGGUAUAACAUGGUUGUGGCCCACAGUUAACAAUAAAGUCAUUUAA